UAUUAGUUGAAGCAUGACGGAGUUGGAGUUCGCUCAGCGACCUUUUUAUCCAGAAUGUUGUUUUUGAGGAGAUCUUGGACUUGAUUCCGUAACUACUAGUGCGUCGUGGUCUUCGAAGAAGAUUGUCAUGGUGAGGUUUCUACUUUUCCUCAUUUGGGCUACUUAUAAUUUUUAAACAGACAUGUUGAUGUCCUCCUCGUCUUCCAGCUCAUCUAACGGAAAAAUGCCACGCCGACGGCGAUGCCGCUUCGCCGUUUCAACAGCGUUGCUCUUCUCAACCCCUGCUCUGAGCAGCUACGAGUUCGGUCCCCCUAUAAUAACGCCCGACGGUGCUGAAACCCCCGAGGACAAAAAUGCUCUGCCAAAAGAACCCCAGUCCGACGAAGUGCUGGAAAACACGCCCUUUCCCUGCAGGGGGCGGGACGACUACAGCGGAUCGGAAAUCAAGGCCUGGAUCGACGAGCACUUGGCAGGCAUUCCCGAGCAGCCGAAGAACCAGAGGCGGAUGCUGUUGCUGAUGGGGGGCUCGGGUGCGGGGAAGAGCACGUUGGUACGGAAGUUGCGGGAGGAAUCGGAAUUUUUCAAGUCCAGCUUCUUGUUGCACGGUUUGGACGAAUAUUUGAAAUAUCUGCCGGAAUACCAACAGAGCCUCGCUACGGGGAAGAAGUACAAAGACGCCGCCGACGGGUGUUACAGUGCGGCGAUCAGGAUAGCGAAACGGGCGGAAGUGGUAGGCAAUGUUGAUGAUUUUCAUUUUUACCAAUAUUGGACUUUGGAGUAUGUUUUGUCUACCGGUUGCCCAUGCGCGUUCCUGUCUUGGGUCAACAUGCUCAAGUAAAAACACAACGGGAAAAAAUUUGAAAAGCAAUAGCGUCGAUUAUCUAUCAAACUCAAAACAGGAAAUUUUGAAGCGAGGAGUAAACCUCGUAUAUGAGGAGACCGGCAAGGACCUCGACCGGAUCCAGACGCGCGUUCUGCCCCCGUACGCUGCGGCCGGCUACCAAAUUUCCCUCGCGUUCGUCGCCGUCACGGAGGAAGUGGCGCUGCAACGAGCGCACGAGCGGUUUUUGCUCGAGGGCAGACACGCGGGGAUCGACUACAUCCACAAGACGUUUAAGAACCUGCAUGGAAACUUCUUCGAAUUGCAGGCAGACCCGAGAAUGCACACAACCUCGAUGUACUGCGACAACAGUUGUACCAAGUACAACCGCGACACGCCGCAGAACUGCAUGCUCUGCUGGGAAAUCAAGCAGCCGGAAAACUUCGACGCGCAUUUUCUGGCAUUGCCGGACGCAUUGGUAGAUGGGGAGGCAAGUUUCGUGGCACGAACGACGCCACUGGAUUACAUUACUGAGCGGUAUAAGCCAGAGCUUUAAGAGGUGUUGAAGCCUGCUGACUGGUCCAUAUUUUCGGGCGCCUGCUGAUUUUUCUUUGACUGACUAUGUUGUGGGGAACAAACACAAAGUGCAGAACGUGCUUGCGCGUGCUUAAGGAGCGCAGGCUGAGCAGGGCAGUUACCUUUCGCCGAAAAGCUUUUUUUGUCACGUCAAAAAUAAAUUAUGGACACACCACUGACUUUGGAUACAAGGCGAUGUUCGAUUUUCGUUGCAGUUCUCCUGGCUGCACAGAUAUCGCGUUUCUGAU